AUGUCUUUUUUAUCAUUCCUCUUUAAAAAGAAACAAAUGAAUAUUUUAAUUUGUGGAUUAGAUGGUGCUGGAAAAACUGCCCUUGUUCUUAAAAUGCAAGGAACUGAUCCAAAGUCAAUGGAAAUUAAACCAACAAUUGGAUAUUUAAAUCCUUCUUUUAAAUACAAAACAUAUGAAUGGUUAUUUUGGGAUGUGUCUGGUGCUGCAAAAUUUAGAGGUUUAUGGAAGUCAUAUUAUCCUAAUGUAAAAUGUAUUGCUUAUGUUUUUGAUAAUACAGAUAACGAUCGUUUUGAUGAAAGUAAAACUGCGUUAUUAAAUAUGCUUGCUGAUAGUGAUUUAAAAGGAAUGCCUUUUAUUAUUUAUGUAAACAAAAUAGAUCUUAAACCAUAUGAACCUUCUUUUGCAGAUAAAUUAGCUCUUACUGAACUUCAAAAAAGUCGUUGUCAAAUAUUCCCUUGUUCUGCUUAUACAGGGGAAGGAUUAAUGGAUGGAUUAGAUUGGAUGUGCUAUACUUUGAAAAAAUUAAUGAAACAUGAAAAUAACAAAAAAUAA